AUGACGGGCCGCAUCGCUUCUGCCGUGGAUCUCUGUCGAGAGUCAUUUGAGGAAGCUAGCAAAGUUCUCCGAGCAUAUGAGAGGAAUAAUUCGAUUAACGAGCGAGUUAAACAUGAGAGUGAUCGAUUCCAAUCUUGGACAAAACAAAAUGGCGCGCAUAAGCUCAACAUGGGCUCACUGGAUGAGAAGCUAAGAGACUCAGCACAUCUUCGUGACGUUGUCAUUGACUGUCUUGAGCACCUCGCCAGUACCUUGAUGAGAAUUUCUCAGCUUGCGUCCUCAUCUCUGCAUGAACAAGAUUCAAUACUGAAGCAAUAUGCGGGUGGCUCUGUUGAAGCAACACGUAAUUCAGUCGAAAUCUCUGAUGCCGAGUUUUCGGAUGAAGAACUGCUUAAGGACACAGAUCAGGUUGAAAUGCUUUGCAGGAGUAUCGCUCACACAACAACCAAUCUCACAAAGCUUAGUGUCACGUUCCAUAAUCCAGUACCCAUUGACCGUUAUAGAAAAGCUGCGAAAGUUGACAUAUACGACUUUGAGAAACGGGACAGGGAAUACGUCGACUCGGUCUUCCCCAUAUUGAGCCCAACUUUAAAGGAGAGGAUGGUUCAAUCCAUCCUUUCUCGUCGAAGAUUCUUGCAAUAUUGCAAGGUCCAUCAUUUAAAACUUGCGGGGGGCUUUGUGGUCAAUACCGAAACAAAUGAUAGGUCUGAAGAGAGUAUCAAGACUUUUGAAAACUACUCUGAGACUACAGCGUCACGACCCCCUGAUAUCGAUGAUUUUAACGAUCCAGAGGCACCAAAGCAAUACAUUAAUACAGAUAUAGAAGACCUUCACUCCAUAACUUCGUACGCAUCAGAUACAAACGAUUCGUCGAGACCAUGCCUUCCAGCACCACCGCAUGAGCUCGGUGUAGAACCUUUCCCGUGUCCUUAUUGCUAUCUAUAUAUUAGCCCUAAAACUACGAAAGAAUGGAGGGAUCACGUAGCCAGUGACCUGCAGCCUUACAUUUGUACUUUUGAGGAUUGUAGGAACCCAGAUGAACUGUAUGGCUCUCGAAGUAAAUGGUUCGAGCAUGAGCAAACUCACCACAGACAGUCUCUAGCUUGCAUUCAAAACCAGUGUCUGGCAUCCUUUAGCACAUUCCAAGACUUUGAAACUCACUUAAGCCGGGACCAUAAGGAGGCACAUCGGCGACCAUCAGCUGCAGAUGGCCUGUGGGUCUCCAGAUACUAUUAUUGGGACCAUGGCAACGAAGAUGAAGAAGACGAUAACGACGUUACCCCAGUGGAUUUUAUCAAACCUACUAGUGACCCAAUGGAGAAUUGUGAGGUCGCUGAAAAGAAAAAUUUACGGCACAAUAGUAUCACGAGCCCAAAUAAUGUCGACAAGCUUUACCGCAAGAACUCUUGGUUUUUUACAAGGCGUCUACUAGAUAUCAACGGGCCGGCCAAGUUGGGGUCACUCAUUGAGGAUCCUCUAGACCCGGAAACAGUUCUAGUACCGCCAAUCACGGAUGUGGUACCUUUGAAUGUCCCACAAGCUCAAGAGACCAAUGAUGUUAAUCUAGAGGAGCGGUCAACCAAAUCCUGGUCUUUCGGGGUCAGUUUUAGGAAGAUCCUUGGGUGGAAAAUUGAAAAGAGCACGUCAAAGCGACAUAGCCUAGAGGUUGAAAAGCUCGAGCGCGUCGUUUUUUCACCAACAGAAGAGUAUAUUUCAAUGUUGGUUAAGGCAUUACCACCAUCAAAGAAACACCAGUUCCGAGUACGAAACAGGCCAUUCUAUGUCCUUACCGGUGUUAUGGUAGGGAAAGGCCUUAAGUUCAACUCAAUAAUGAGGAAUGCAACGAGCUCUUCCAAAAAUUCUGAUCUCGAUUUCCUACAGACAUGGGCAGAAUCGCAAAUAGAAGGGAGAAACGGUGAAUGUUUUGAAGGCGAUGGCAUUAUUGGAUACCGCCUGACCAAAGUCCAGAUCCGGGGUUGA